AUGGCGUAUGACGGCGGUGGAUGCAAGAACAAUAAGGCUGCCCUGGUUGGGUUGUUGUCUCUGUUUUUGGUUGCCUUGGUUAAUGGUGUAAGUGGCGCAGGAGAGGACCAUGGCUCCUCUAAUGCUGCCAUUAAGACUCUAUGUGAGCCCACUACUUACCGUGAAACUUGCGAAGAAGUCCUGGUGAAGUCCAAUGUUGACUCAAAAGACCCACGUGAGUUGGUCAAGGCAGGGUUCCAUUUUGCUAUUGAACAGCUCAAAGCAGCCAUUGCAAAUUCCCCCACUUUGAAACAAGCAGCCACUGACCCCAUGGCGCAAAAAGCAGUUGAUGCUUGCGACGAGCUCAUGGAUUAUGCAAUUGAUGAUCUUUUAACUUCGUUUGAUAAAAUCACCGAUAGUUUUGAUGUACACAAAAUGAAUGAUUAUCUUGAGAACCUUAGGAUUUGGUUGAGCGCUGCAUUGACAUAUCAAGAAACUUGUUUGGAUGGUUUCGAGAAUGUUCCUGGCGAUACUGGUGAAAAGAUGAAGAAUUUGUUGAAGACGUCAAAAGAAAUGACCGCCAAUGGGCUUGUGAUGGUGGGUGAGGUUACAUCCCUUGUGAGCACUUUGUGGGAGAAGUUGGGACUGCCGCCACAAACGGGGCGACAACUUCGAACAGAGGAAUCCAAUGAAGAAUUCCAAGAGGAAGAGCCAUCUUGGGUGAGCGACAGGCGAGGGCUACUCGAGGCCACUGGAGCUAACAUCAAGGCGAAUGUGGUGGUGGCUAAAGACGGAAGUGGAAAGUAUAAGACAAUAACUGAAGCCCUUAAAGAGGUACCAUUGAAGAGCAAUACAACCUUUGUGAUUCAUGUGAAGGAAGGAGUUUAUGAAGAGCAAGUGAUGGUGGACAAAAAAAUGACCUAUGUCAUGAUGAUUGGAGACGGCCCGACUAAGACCAAGAUCACAGCUAGCAAGAAUGUCGCUGAUGGAACACCCACAUUCAAAAGUGCUACCUUUGCGGCGAUCGGAUCCAACUUCAUCGGAAAAGACUUGUGGUUCGAUAACUCAGCUGGAAUUUACAAAGGCCAGGCCGUGGCACUCCGAGUUCAAUCCGACAUGUCAAUCUUCUACAAUUGUAGAAUGGACGGCUAUCAAGAUACUUUCUACCCCCAAACCAAACGUCAAUUCUACCGAGAUUGCACAAUCUCCGGUACCGUUGAUUUCAUCUUUGGCAAUGCUGCUGUCGUGUUACAGAACUGUAAGAUCUUAGUGAGGAAGCCAAAGCCGAAACAACCAUGCCCUAUCACUGCCCAAGGUCGAAUGGAGAGUGAUGAGCCCACUGGUAUCGUCCUCCAAAAUUGCAUCAUCUCUUCCGACCCUGACUACUACCCCGUUCGCCAUACCAGUAAGUCCUACCUUGGUCGCCCAUGGAAGCAGUAUUCAAGAACCGUCAUCAUGCAAUGCCAAAUCGACGACUUGAUCCAGCCUGAAGGUUGGCUUCCAUGGAAUGGUGAUUUUGCUCUCAAUACUUUGUAUUACACAGAGUUUGAGAACAGAGGACCUGGUGCAGCAAAAGAAAAUAGAGUUAAGUGGAAGGGAGUUAAACAGAUCACAGCAAAACAGGCCAUCAAUUUCACCCCUUCGUUGUUUAUUCAGGGUGAUGAUUGGAUCAAGAAGACCGGAAUACCGUACACUAGUGCCCUGAUGAAAAUUUAAAACCAAGUGAAUAAAGCUCCUAGGGUUCAUGAGUUGAAGCUUUUCGAGUGUAUUCCUCCUAAUCCCUAGAUUAGGCUACUUUUCGGGCAUGACAAUGGUCUAAACCCAAGGGAUAGGACUUAGAAUUCUAAACAGUUUUGUUUAAAAACAUUAUCAUUCA